AUGGCUAGAGAUAAUGAGACCACAGUUGCAGAAUUCCUCCUUCUGGGACUCUCUGGAAACUCAGAGCAAGAAGAGGUCGUCUUUGGAAUGUUCUUGGGGAUGUACAUCGUUACCAUCUCUGGGAACCUUCUCAUUAUCCUAGCUAUCAACCAUGAUCCUCAUCUCCACACACCCAUGUACUUCUUCUUGGCCAACCUCUCUAGUGUUGACAUCUGUUUUUCUUCAGUCACCAUCCCCAAAGCACUGGUAAAUCAAGUGUUGGGAAGCAAGUCCAUCUCUUACACAGAGUGUAUGACCCAGAUCUAUUUCUUUAUCACAUUCAUCAACCUGGACGGCUUCCUCCUGAGUGUGAUGGCCUAUGACCGCUAUGUGGCCAUUUGUCACCCACUCCACUACACCCUGAUGAUGAGGCCCAGACUCUGUGUCCUCCUGGUGGUCGUAUCAUGGGUCAUCACAAACCUGCAUGCUCUGUUGCACACUCUCCUCAUGGUUCGACUCACCUUCUGUUCCCACAAUGCAGUGCGCCAUUUCUUCUGUGACCCCUACCCUAUCCUGAAGCUCUCUUGUUCUGACACCUUCAUCAAUGACCUGAUGGUCUUUACUGUAGGUGGAGUGAUAUUCCUGACACCAUUUUCAUGUAUUGUUGUUUCCUAUAUUUACAUUUUCUCUAAUGUCCUGAAGAUGCCCUCUACUCAUGGGAUAAAGAAAGCCCUAUCCACAUGUGGGUCUCACCUCACCGUGGUCUCUCUCUUCUAUGGGGCAAUCCUGGGGGUCUAUAUGCGUCCUUCAUCCUCCUACUCAUUACAGGACACAGUGGCCACUGUCAUCUUCACAGUGGUGACACCACUGGUCAAUCCCUUCAUCUACAGCCUGAGAAAUCGUGACAUGAAAGGAGCCCUAAGGAAGAUAAUUCUCAGAUGCUAG